CGACUCAUGGAUGAGACUCCACAUUUGCUUUAGCCUGUAUAGAUACAUGUUGUUACUUGCCGGAGCCCGGAGGUACAGAAUUUGUUGUAGUGGGUAAUGGCAUGCUAAUUGUGUUCUUGGUGGAGGGUCUUUUGAACACUGCUGUCGUCUUAACUGAAAACAAGUGCACGCCGACCCCGUUUGAGGUCGAGAGCGGUUGGGCAGCUUAUAGUAUAUGACGGAAUUGUGAAUGAAACUGUGUUAGCUCAGCUGCGACGUGGAGUAGGUUCAGAUAGUUGAGUAUGCCUGCAUUUUUCUUACUAUUGCUGGCUUGAUCUGAGUCAGCAGGUGCAUGUUUUGGAACAAGCUGUUGAUUUGCCCUCACUGUGGGGGCAUAGACUAGACUGUUUGGUAUAUAUCGCUGUCAGCCUCUUUAGUUAAUUCAUGGUGGCGGCAUGUCGGUACAUGAUUUGCAUUGUUUCUAGGCACUUGUGCCAGGAUGGUCCAAUAGUAGAAACAUUUACAUAAAUUUAUUUAUUUUUAAAGAUAUAUUUUUUUACUACACUGUAUACAUGCUAUGGAGAAAUUUCAGGUCCAUGGACCACCCUGUCCACCCCGUAGCUACGCCACUGUCUACAACUUGGGACACCUUGCAACUAUUCGUCUGUGCAAUGGAAUGCUUGGAAUGUUUUCAACUGCUAUUCUUGCCAGUGUCGGACUAUCAUUGACUUCUGCAGUAGUUUGCUUCGUGGGAAUCUCCACAGCAGUUGCCAUUGCUGAUGUUACAAUAGAUGCAUGCAUUGCAAAGAACAGUAUUGACAAGCCAGCAUUGGCCCCAGACAUGCAGAGCCUUUGUGCAUUCUCGUCGUCGCUAGGUGCACUUAUUGGGUAUGCUUCAAGUGGCAUGUUUGUCCACCAUCUAGGAGCACAGGGUGCAUUAGGUGUGAUGGCUUUACCUCCUACUAUGUUGGUUUUCCUAGGAUUUUACAUAUAUGAGCUGAAAAUGUAUCAGCAUUACAUGAAAGAGAAGGUUUUGAACAAGGUUACUGUGGCAGUUAAAGGGAUGGUUCAGACAAUAAAGUAUCCAGUAGUGUGGAAACCAUCUCUUUACAUGUUCCUUUCACUGGCCCUCAGUAUCAGCACUCACGAGGGGCAGUUCUACUGGUACACUAACAGGGAACCGCCUAAUCCUGGAUUUUCACAGGAAUUUGUGGGGAUGGUGCACGCCGUCGGCGCGGUCGCGUCCAUGGUGGGCGUCCUGAUCUACCACAAGAACCUCAAGGACUACCCGUUCCGGAGCAUCCUCUUCUUCGCCCAGCUCCUGCACGGCGCCUCCGGCCUCCUCGACCUCACCUUCGUGCUCCGGUGGAACCUCGCGCUCGGCGUCCCGGACGCGGUCUUCGUCACCCUGGAGGAGUGCGUCUCCCGGGUCGUCGGCCGCGUCCGGCUGAUGCCGAUGAUGGUCCUGAGCACCAAGCUCUGCCCGCCGGGCGCCGAGGGCACCUUCUUCGCGCUGCUCAUGUGCAUCGACAGCCUCGGCAUGCUGGUCGCCAAGACCGGCGGCGCCUUCGUGCUCCGGGCCCUGCACGUGACGAGGACCGAUUUCAGCAACCUCUGGCUCGCCGUCCUGCUCAGGAACCUGCUGAGGCUGUCCGCGCUGGGCGCCAUCUUCCUGGUGCCCACCGCGGACCAGACCGACGUGCUGCUCCCGCAGGACCUCCUGAGCUCGGGCUCCCCGGUGGCUGCUGCCGGCGACGAGGAGGAGAGGUUGUUGCAGCUCGGGAAGCUCACUUCUCGCACUGACGACGAUGUAUGAUCCACACAGCCACACAGGUAUACUAUGUUGCGUGCACACAAGCACAAAGAAAAAAAGAAAGAAAGAAAGAAAGGAAGAAAGGGAAGGGAAAAAAGAAACGAGAUAUGUUUAGGGAUAGCAAAAGGUUCCGUCGGUUGCAAUGGAAAAAAGAGACGAAAUAUGUAUGCGGUAACUGUGUGGCAGAUUGCAAAAACUACCCCACGCAUCACCACCUCACCUACGACUCAUUGUUGAACAAGCUAAGGAAAGUACGGUUUUUGACA